AUGUGGAGAGACGAUCUACCACAGGAAAAAGACAUGAAUGGAUGCAUUGUAAAUAAUCAUGAUAACGAAGGGGAGGAGGAAGAAGAGGAUAUGGAGGCAUGGCUAGAUGAGGAACUAAAAAAAAUCAAUUCCGAAGAUAUUGACGAUAACGACGAUAAUCAGAACGCAAGUGUGCCGGAAGUGCCCGAACGUCCAACGAAAACUUCUGAACCAAAGGAAGAAGAAUCCCUGGAAGCUGAAAAACAGGAUACGUUUUCUAGAUUCUUUCAAGCUUUUGAUGAGUUUGCGGGUUCAGAUAACGUAAGCGAGUCUGAACACAAGGAUACAGCGACUGGAGACACAGAACCACAUCUUCUCUACAAAGACCAAUUAGAAUUCGCCCUGGCGGCAAGAAAUCUUACAUUUGAUGAUUAUCUAAAGACCCAAAGUCUUUUGAAGAAUGAAAAUACCCCCGAACAAGAACCAGAGGAAACAAACAACAAUAGACCCGCCUCUCCGGAUCUUAUUAAUUUGCAGGACAUGAAACUUGAUGACGAAGAAAUAAAAGAAAUCGGGGAGAGAUGGAAAUCAAGCAAGUAUUUGCAGACUUUUCAUCCACAAAAAGCCCAAUAA